GGCUGUGUAUGUUGACCUUCAUUUUCGUUUCUGAUGAGGAGUACAGCGCUCAGUACAAAUCACCUUGCUGCUUUCUUUUGAAAGUUUUGAUCCAAACCAACUAACUUCAACCCGUCAGCAUUGUACUGUGAUAGGCGUGCGAAGAAUGGCUUGGCUGACUGGCCUUGCGGGACGUGCUGAGGCUUUGCUGGAAAAAGUUGAUCAAACUGCUGCUGAAUCGUUCAGUCGUGAUGCUCAGAGGGAUGUGAUACCUCGCCAGGUAUCAUCAUUGCAUACCACGCCGGAGCCUGGACGACAUGAGCAAUUUUCUAGUGGGUCUCUGUCUGUUGGAGCUCCAGCUGGCCGUAGCUCUCCACUGAACGCUGGGGCCACUAACGGUGCACUCCCUGCGAAAAAUCGCAGCUCGUCUUUGGCCAACAAUCGCCCGUCCGACCAGAAACUGUUCGACUUCUUGAAUAGCAGUGGAGAAGGGGGUGACUUAAGCCUUGCACAGAAUGCCAGCUCAUCUUCAUUGGCGUCCAAGGAUAGGAAAAAGCCUGAUUCACGAGCACCUUCCCGAGUAGCUAGCAGGGACAGUCUAGCUUCAGCAAAACCAACUGAUGCAGUGGACAGUGGACACGAUGGGCUCAUGAUGGACAUAGGCAGGUCUAGCUCACCUCAGCUAUCCGGCCAAAGAAGAAGCAUCGACGAUGCGUCCUCUUCUAUACAGGUGGAGAACCAGAUGCUGAAAGAAGAAGUGUCGGCACUGCAGCGCGAGCUACAUGACUGGGCCGGAAGAGAACGCAAAUCACACGGAGAGCUCUCUGGUCUGAAGAAGCAAUGCACACAGCUACAGUCCGACUACACCGCUGCACAGAAGGCGCUGCAGCUAAGGGACACCGAGCUGACAGCGCUACGGAGGCACGUUGCUGAAGUGGAGGAUGAAGCAAAGGACCACCGCCGCUCCCUCACCUCGUUACGAGAUGACCGUCAACGGCUCUUGGAGGAAAGCGUGGCAUCGGCAGGUGUGCAGCAUCAGACGCUUGAUCUCGUUGAAAAUCGCCUCAAGGAGGCCGAGACGCAGCUGGAGAAGGAGCGCGUUGCACUGGCCGCAUCUCAGGCGGAAGUGAGUCGACUUCGUCAAAGUGAUGAGCAGCUAAACGCCGACAUGGCUCGGAAUGUUGUGGACCUGCAGCGUCAACUAGAGCAAGAGAAAGCCAACAAUGUCAGGCGUCAACAAUCGCUCACCUCGGCCCAAUCUGAAUCGCAAAGAUGUCGGCAAGAGUUGGAAGAUUACAAGCAACGCGCUGCGAGAAUUCUUCAGGCCAAAGAACAGCUCAUUUCCAAGCUUAAAGAAGGUGGCUUGGAUGAUGGUACCACAGAAUGUCAGAAUGCCGAACUGGCUGCUUUACAGGAGGAGAAGUCUCUGCUUCAGGAGAGUCUGCAGCAGUCGAAGCAAGAAAUCGACCAGCUGCGCAUGGAAGUCGAGGAGUUGGACAGUGCACACGUUCAGGAGCUGAAUAUGGUACAGGAGCAGCGUGACCAGGUCGAGUCGCAGCUUCAGGAUGAGCAGCGGCAACGGAGUGUUGCGGACAUGGAACACCAGCAGAAGCAGAAGGAAAUGGAGUUGUUACAGGACGAGCUCGUGCGCCAGAAAGCUGCUCUUCACACCCAGCUGAAGGAUGAGCAAGCAAGGAUGACCUCCCUGGAGAGCAAGAUGACAACACUGCAGCGUUCGUCGCAAAAUGGUGCGCGCAGUGCCGAAAUGGAGUCGCGCAUGCACACGCUCACCGAUAACUUGCUCACCAAGCAGACCCUGGUGGAGACGCUAAGCUCUGAAAAGAAUGCCCUGUUACUACAGCUGGAGAAGGCUAAGCAAGCUGUUAGCUCUGCCGAGGGUAUGAAUAAGCGAAUUGCACCGGGUCACGCCGUGAACAUGCCACACUUUGAGGACGCAGAUGGUGAAGCUCAAACACGCCUGAGACCGAUGAGCUCUAUGAUGCCGGGCUCACUUGCAAUUCAAGACGAUGACGGCAUUGCUCGGCAUAUGCGCUCCGCGGCGAACACGCUUGACACAUUCAGUGUUCGUCUGGGUCGUUUCCUACGGCGCUACCCAGUGGCACGGCUUUUUAUAAUUGUUUACAUGUUCCUGCUUCACGUGUGGGUCACCGUUGUCUUGCUCACCUACCAACCGGAGAUACACGGCGCCGACUCGCCCAAGGGACCACACGGCCCGCAAUGAACUCACAGUUGAGUGCACCCUCUUGUUGUAUGUGUUGCCCUGCUACCACCCGCUGUCACAAUCAUCGCUUCAAAUACCCUAUUAUUUUCCGUCUGCUAUUCUGUUGCUGUGAUCCGCCGCAGUUCACGUGCUGUUAUUCUUGUUUUUACUUGCGUGAGCGUCGGCGUGCAUGCAACCUGCAGCUAUGCUCUCCCCGAUACGUGUGUGCCAAGGGCAUUGUGCUUGUCCUUGCUAUGCGCCCAGCACCCAGACAUCUGCUCCUUGACCGUAUCUCCGGCGCUCAUUGCACAGCGCCCUAUUGCGUGCAUGGCACUCGCCGAUAACCACCUGUACGUUAACCAGUCCAGACGCGUACCGAUGUAUACAUAUCCACUGUUGCCGGUCUUGCGGCUCACUGCCUUGAAUUCUCGAUGGCUUUCAUGUCAUGCUCUGCAUUUUUAACAGCAGAUACGACGUACUGCUGGUUUUAUAGAUAUUGUACCGACCUACGGCAAACUCCUUUGCGGUAUGUAAUGAAACUAUCCCUGUGCCGGCCGUAAGGACUGAUACAUUCAGUGAAUAAUACGAUCACCGACAUAUUA